AUGAAAGUGAGCCAUCAUCACAACCCCAAGCACUUUCCGGCCUUGGCUCCAGGCCCGCCGCGUAUGUUUGCACCGCAGACGUCGACAGCGGUCACCAAGCCAAAGAAGAACUCUACAGCUUGUCUGGCAUGCAAGGCAGCCAAGAGGAAGUGCUCUGGACCCGAUGCACCUUGUAAGGCGUGCCGAGCGGCCAACACCGAGUGCUACUUUGAUCCCAGCCGAGACCUCAGACGCAAAGUAGCCGUGAAACGGACGAUUCAAGAACUUACAAAUCACAAGGAGCUACUAGCAUCCUUAAUAAAAACCCUCAAAAGGGCCGACGAACCUGAGCUUGAGAAUAUUCUGAAUUUGAUUCGAAAGGAGGCUCCGCUGGAAGAUAUCGCAGAGGUAGUUGGAGGUCCCGCAACGACAUUCGCCGAUCCACAGGAGCUAUCGACGGCUAGUAAAUUGGCCAUAUCAGAGUAUGGAGACCAGCCUGUUGAGAUCUCAGGAUCUGCCUCCCAGCCAAGACGGACCUCAGACGCAAGCAACGUGGCAAGCUCUCCAGAGGAUACUCAGUUCAUGAAGGCACCUCAACUGCCAGUGGUCAGCCCCUAUGAACGAAUAUCACUAGAAAGCCUUUGUGACAUACCUUUGUUCGAGGUACCAGCAAGUCCAUGGACAUGUGUCACAGAUAGCGACUAUCUGGUUUCCCACUUGGUCUCGCUCUACUUCACAUGGGAUCAUUCUGGCUCGCAGUUCCUUGACCAACGUGUUUUCCUCGCACAUAUGAGGCAUGCGGAUCUAGACUCGAGCUUCUGUACACCGCUUCUGGUAAACAGCCUUUUGGCGAUAGCCAGCACACACUCUGAUAAACUCGACGUGUUGUCAAGUCCAGAUGAUGCUUAUUCAAGGGGUCAACCCUUCUUCGAUGAGGCGCAAAGAUUGUGGGAAGCCGAGGCCGAGGCCGAAGCCAGCCUAUCUCCCACAAAUCUGUGCAAUGUUCAGGCCCUUCUAAUGAUGUGUUGUUUUUUAAAACUUCAAGGUCGAGCCAGUAAAAGCUGGCUGGUACUUGGACAAGCUGUGUUGUUGGCCCAAGGUAUGGGUCUCUUUGAUUCACCCAUGCCGACACAAGCUACGACAACGUCGGAGAUGGAGCGCGUUCGCAUAAUGACUGCUUGGGGAAUCUUCAACUUACGCUCACAACUUUCGGUUGAACUGAAAAUUACGGCUCCCUUAGCAUGUCCUAAAUCAGACAAUAUGCUCUGUGGCAACGACGAUUUUGACUGGAUACCGUAUCCUCGAUCUUAUAGAACGACCUACGACACAAAAUCAGCUCGUCUCCCGGAUAUUCGACAAGGCAUGGUUGAUAUCUCGAAAAUAUUGAGUGAUGCCCAGGGACUUUUAUGCCAAGGAAAUCGCGGCGCCAGCCCCGAGGACUUGUGGAGAGAGGUGCAAGCCUAUUUUAAUCGCCUGGACACUUGGCUCCAACGCUGGCCUAGCGUAUCGGAAAUGGAAGUCGAUCCGGUCCCUCAAUUUUUCAUUGUUAGAAUCAAAUGUCUCGAGGCUAUUAUCUCCCUCUUUGAGAUAGUGAAUGGCCCUGCUGAGCCACGGUUAACUCAAGAGGUCCAGUAUUAUCAAACCAGGUCUGCCUAUGAAAUGGCAGAAUGUCUUCGGGCCCACCGUCGUGCUUACAGUCUCAAACACAUACCCAGCCAGAUGGGCAGUGCUGUCCAAAUAGGCCUUCGGGUCCUGGCCCGUCAUUCAGACGACAGCGAUGAAUCACGGCAGGCUUUUGCUGAGCUCUGUCGCUUUGGGAUGUCUCUCAGCUAUAAGCACAAAGAGACUGCCAAAGUGAUGAAGGAUAUCAGAGUAAAAGGUUUGCAGCAUAACCUUCGACUGCCUCAUGAGAUUGUUGAGAUCCCUGAGGGCAAGGGUUACGGUUAUGAGUCAUGA